UCCGCGCCAGCCCGCCCGCCCGCCCGCCCGCACGUUCGCUCGCUCGCUCGCUCGCAGCCGCGCCCGCCGCAGGCUGCGCCCGGCCGCCCCGCCCCGCCCCGCCCCGCCCCCCGCCGCUCGUCCCCGCCGCGGCCGCGCCGCCCGCAGCCGCAGCCGCUGCUCCUCCCCGGCGGCCGCCCCCCGCGGGUCCCUCCCUGGCUGCGGGAGACGCGGAGGUAGAGGGAGGACGCCGCCGCCGCUGAGCCGCGCCGCCCGCACCCGAACCCUUCGCCUCGCCCUGCCGGUCCUCACUCUGUGGGAGGAACAUGGAUAACCUCAGUGACACUUUAAAGAAGCUGAAGAUAACAGCUGCUGACAGGACAGAGGGCAGUCUGGAAGGAUGCUUGGAUUGUCUGCUUCAAGCCUUGGCUCAGAAUAAUGCAGAAACAAGUGAAAAAAUACAAGGAAGUGGAAUUCUUCAGUUGUUUGCAAAUCUGUUGACGCCACAGGCCUCCUGCACAGCCAAAGUAGCCGACAUCAUAGCAGAAGUAGCCAAAAAUGAAUUUAUGCGAAUCCCAUGUGUAGAUGCUGGAUUGAUUUCACCACUGGUACAGCUGUUAAAUAGCAAAGACCAGGAAGUGCUGCUUCAAACGGGCAGGGCAUUAGGAAACAUAUGCUACGAUAGCCAUGAGGGCAGAAGUGCAGUUGACCAAGCAGGUGGUGCACAGAUUGUAAUUGACCAUUUAAGGUCGCUGUGCGGUAGGACAGAUCCCGCCAGUGAGAAGCUCAUGACUGUCUUUUGUGGCAUGCUGAUGAACUAUAGCAAUGAGAAUGAUCUCCAUUCUUUGGAGUUUCCAUGAAUGUGACCUGAAGAACUUGGAACCAUUGAAAUUCAAAUGUAGAUUCCCUUCAGGCCCAGCUUAUUAGCAUGGGUGUUAUCCCGACCUUAGUGAAGCUACUGGGCAUUCACUGCCACAAUGCAGCACUCACCGAGAUGUGUCUCGUUGCGUUCGGGAAUUUAGCAGAACUUGAGUCAAGUAAAGAACAGUUUGCUAGCACAAACAUUGCUGAAGAGCUGGUAAAACUAUUCAAGAAACAAAUAGAACACGAUAAAAGAGAGAUGAUUUUUGAAGUUCUAGCGCCAUUGGCAGAGAAUGAUGCUAUUAAGCUGCAGCUGGUUGAAGCAGGUUUGGUAGAGUGUCUCCUAGAGAUCGUCCAACAGAAGGUGGAUAGCAACAAAGAGGACGACGUUGCCGAGCUUAAAACUGCUUCUGACCUCAUGGUUUUAUUACUGCUUGGAGAUGAGUCCAUGCAGAAACUUUUUGAAGGAGGAAAAGGCAGUGUGUUCCAAAGGGUGCUCUCCUGGAUCCCAUCGAAUAACCACCAGCUGCAGCUGGCUGGGGCAUUAGCCAUUGCAAAUUUUGCCAGGAACGAUGGAAAUUGUAUUCAUAUGGUAGACAAUGGGAUUGUAGAAAAACUCAUGGAUUUGCUGGACAGACACGUAGAAGACGGGAACGUGACGGUGCAGCACGCCGCACUAAGUGCCCUCAGGAAUCUAGCCAUCCCAGUUGUAAAUAAAGCAAAGAUGUUAUCAGCUGGUGUCACGGAGACGGUUUUGAAAUUCCUUAAAUCUGAAAUGCCCCCAGUUCAGUUCAAACUCCUGGGAACGCUAAGAAUGUUAAUAGAUGCACAAGAAGCUGCUGAGCAACUGGGAAAGAAUGCUAAACUGGUAGAGCGUUUGGUUGAAUGGUGUGAAGCCAAAGAUCAUGCCGGCGUGAUGGGCGAAUCAAACAGACUGCUCUCUGCCCUCAUCCGACACAGUAAAUCAAAAGAUGUAAUUAAAACCAUUGUACAGAGUGGUGGCAUCAAGCACCUGGUUACCAUGGCAACUAGUGAACAUGUAAUCAUGCAGAAUGAAGCUCUUGUCGCCCUGGCACUGAUAGCAGCCUUGGAACUGGGUCCCGCUGAGAAGGAUCUCGCAAGUGCUCAGCUUGUUCAGAUCUUACACCGACUGCUAGCAGAUGAGAGAAGUGCCCCGGAGAUCAAGUACAAUUCCAUGGUCCUGAUCUGCGCUCUCAUGGGAUCCGAAUCUCUAUACAAGGAAGUACAGGAUUUGGCCUUUCUAGAUGUUGUCUCCAAACUUCGAAGUCAUGAGAACAAAAGUGUUGCCCAACAGGCCUCGCUUACAGAGCAGAGACUUACAGUGGAAAGCUGAGAACUGGCCCUGCUGGCACCAGGCUCAUCCCAGCUCCGCCCACUCCACUGUUCUCCAUCCAGCUGCUUCUUCAACUCCAUUCUCUACUACAUCACUUGUGCAUGCGUGUAAUGUUCCAGUACCAAUGGAAGAACUGCUAUAGGUACCUGCCUAAUAAGAUUUCUAAACCCAUAGUUAAUGUGAACAUGACUGUCAGAACAAGUCUCCACCCAUAACUGUUAAAUCCUAUACUCCUGAUGCUUGAGCUACAUUAAGUAGAAUGUGCAUGUUGUAGUCCUAUGAUGAUGUAAACUUGGUACUCCAUGCUGACUUGCUCCUCACAUGCAGUAAGCUACAUAAUAAUGUACUGGUAAACUAGAAACAAAGAAUGCAGCAGGACCUGUCUAGCUUAUUUAAAGAUGAAACUGAAUCGUCAAGGUAGCACCACGUAUUCUGGUCUGGUUUUGUUUUGUUUUGUUUUGGUGCUGGGGAAGCACAGCGAUCAAAAAGCCUGUAUGGCUGCUCACUCAUUAAUCUUCUGCCAACGUCAGGCCUGUACCACCUAAACUUGAAUAGGUCCAAUAUUCCUUCCUUCCCUACGGUUUCUCCUUUUUCUGAACUAUAUAGGCAGUUUGCCAAGCAACACAGCAAACCUUCCUGAGGCUCCUGAUUCCAUCUUUAAGCGACAGUGGUACAGGGGCUCAGUGCUGAAACAUGGAUUUUAAUGUGAGUGGAGCGUAGGAAGGAGUUAAAAGAAACCCUGGCAUACUGAACCACUUUGGAUCUUGCCUGUACUUUAGAUUCCGAUUUGUGUGUGGUUACAUCUAGAACUUCCAUCAGCUAGCCAGCAUUGUCAGCAUGUCUCUAAAGCGUCCUUGAUGUUUGUUCGGUGAAGGAAACUGAGGCGGCUUGUUUGGUGGAGAAUGGACUUCCCCCCCCCCCCCCCGGUUUUCAUCUUUUAGGGUGAAAGCAGGGAGAUUCAUCUUUCAUGCUCCCUUUCAAUGUGCUAAUUCUAAUUGGACAUAAGAGGAAACCUGAAGUAAGCUUGUCUAAAGAGAGGAAGGCCGGUUUUAAAAGCCAUAGUAGCCAGUCCAGUACAUUCUGCAGAUGGCCUCAUAGCAGUCAUUGUUAGAGUUCUUCACCUCCACUUUCCCACUGAGAACCACAAUAAUCUCCCAGGCUGCAAGCCAGGACUCGCCGCAAAGACUCUUCUUGGCAUAAUGUAGUGUGCUCGUCACUGCCACUAACCACCACCAAGUGAGUUCUUAGAGCUUUGACACACAGUCUUUAUAAAUUAAUCGGGAUUCCCUGUGACCCGCCUUCCUCCUCACACCCAAGGUUGAGUCCUGCUGAUGUCUGAGGGAGGCUGAGCUCCGUUACAGGAGUGGAGGGCAGUGAGGGGCUGCUGAGAGGGACCAGCUCCUUCCUCCCCCGACAGGAGAUACCUGUAUCUCUGCGUUCUCUAAAUCGGACUUUGCUUUUCACACUUUUAAAUUCAAGAAAGAUUUACUUCAUGUAAGUGAAAACCUGACUGACAGUUCCCUCUGAUGUCCAAAUAAGGGAACUGUGGUGAGCGCCUGUGCUUGCUCACUGGAGAAAUGAGUGCUUUAUUGUCUUUCUCCUGGGCUGGAUAAGUGGACUAAUGUUGCAUAAUACUGUCCAUAUUAAUAACUUAAUAAAUAAAUAGUAUAUGAAACUACAGUGA